UUAAGACUUUUAUUUUUCUAUACAGGUUUGUUGCUCUUCGUGAACUGUUACAAUGUUAAAUGGGCUGCAAGAGUUCAGGACGUGUUCACUUUUGCCAAGAUAUUCGCUCUUAUUGUAAUUAUUAUAGCUGGUUUAGUCCAUAUUGGCAUGGGAAAUAUCCAGAAUUUUCAAAAUGCUUUUGAAGGGACCACCACUGAACCAGGAUAUAUUGCCUUAGCUUUCUAUUCAGGAAUAUUUUCUUAUGCAGGAUGGAAUUAUUUGAACUUUGUAACUGAAGAACUAAAAGACCCACAUAAAAACCUUCCUCGAGCAAUUUACAUAUCACUUCCUCUGGUGACUGUAGUGUAUGUUAUGGCCAACUUGGCUUAUUUUGCCGUCCUUACCCAACAAGAAUUAUUGUCUUCUAAUGCAGUUGCUGUGACAUUUGGAGAAAGGAUUUUGGGAGUGAUGGCAUGGAUUAUGCCAGUCUCUGUAGCACUUUCUACUUUUGGUGGUCUAAACGGAGGUAUUUUUGCAUCAUCAAGGUAUAAAUAUUGUUAA